CGCGCAGGCUGGGGGGGCGGGGCCGCCGUAGCUUCCUUCAACCCCCACUGCUCACCCCGUAGCCGUAGGGCAGGGGCCGCAGUCCAGGAACCAGCCCAGGGGAGGGGGGCAGGUUACAGGGACACCCCCCUCCCCGGGAACCGGCGGUGGGCGGGGCUUGAACCCCGGAAACGGUGGGGGUCCCAGGCCUGGCCCUGGACCCGUGGGCAGUGGGGGUCGGGAAGGGGCCAGUUAAAGAGCCAGGGGCACUGGGGAGAGGCGGGGCGGAGGGAGGGGAGCUGGGACUCGGACCCCGGACUGAGUGGGGCCCGGGCUGAAGCUGAGCACCCUACUCCCGAGGACCCCCCCGUUGGCCUGGGAGGACUGAGCACCCCAGAGCAGAACCUCCCCCUGGAAGGGCCGCGCCGCAGCCCGUGGGAGGGCCUCGUCCCCGGCGCCCUCCAUCUCCACUCGCUGCAGUCCCGGCCUCCGCCGGAGGGAGGGGACGAGCGCCCUCGGGGGGCCGUGGACCCCGGCGUUCUGAGCGUUCCGCGCCCCGCGCCGCCCGGCCCCCCCGCCGCCGAUGGCCGCCGACCCGCCGGGAGCUGCCGAGAAGGGAGAGAUGGCUCCCGGGACACGUGUGAGCCCUCGGCGUUGCUGACGCCCCCAAUGUCGUCGAGCAGCCGGGGGCCGGGGGCCGGAGCGCGCCGACGCCGAACCCGCUGCCGUCGCUGCCGGGCCUGUGUGCGAACUGAGUGCGGGGACUGCCACUUCUGCCGAGACAUGAAGAAGUUUGGGGGGCCCGGGCGCAUGAAGCAGUCGUGCCUGCUCCGGCAGUGCACUGCGCCCGUGCUCCCACACACAGCUGUGUGCCUCUUGUGUGGGGAGGCUGGGAAGGAGGACACAGUGGAGGGAGAGGAGGAGAAAUUUGGUUUGAGCCUCAUGGAGUGUACAAUAUGCAACGAGAUCGUCCACCCUGGCUGCCUGAAGAUGGGGAAGGCUGAGGGUGUCAUCAAUGCGGAGAUACCUAACUGCUGGGAGUGCCCUCGCUGCACCCAGGAAGGCCGGACCAGCAAGCUUCCAUCUCCCCAGGAUUCAGGUGAGGGACCAGGCCGCCGCAGGGCUGACAACGGCGAGGAGGGCGCCAGCCUGGGGAGUGGAUGGAAGCUGACGGAGGAGCCGCCACUUCCACCACCCCCACCCAGGCGCAAGGGCCCCCUAUCUGCUGGGCCCCCCCCGGAGGACAUGCCUGGGCCCCCCAAAAGAAAAGAGAGGGAGGCAGGGAAUGAGACCCCCACCCCAAGGAAAAAGGUGAAAGGAGUCCGAGAAAGGCACCUGAAGAAGGUGGGUGGAGAUGCCUGCCUCCUCCGAGGAUUGGACCCAGGCGGCCCCGGCCUUCUACCCCCCAGGGUUCUGAAUCCAAGCCAGGCUUUCUUGUCCUGCCACCCUGGGCUCCCUCCCGAGAACUGGGAGAAACCAAAGCCACCUUUGGCCUCUGCUGAUGGCCCAGCAGUGCCAUCCCCAUCACCACAAAGGGAGAAGCUGGAGCGUUUCAAGAGGAUGUGCCAGCUGCUGGAGCGGGUACCUGACACGUCCUCAUCUUCCUCGGACUCAGACUCAGACUCUGACUCGUCAGGCACAUCGCUGAGUGAGGAUGAGGCCCCUGGCGAGGCCCGGAAUGGGCGACGGCCAGCCAGGGGCAGCUCAGGCGAGAAGGAGAACCGCGGGGGGCGGCGGGCUGUGCGCCCUGGCAGUGGGGGGCCCCUCCUCAGCUGGCCCCUGGGCCCCGCCCCACCGCCCCGGCCCCCACAGCUGGAGCGGCAUGUAGUACGGCCCCCACCUCGAAGCCCUGAGCCUGACACGCUGCCCUUGGCUGCUGGAUCCGACCAUCCCCUGCCCCGUGCCGCCUGGCUCCGUGUCUUCCAGCACCUCAGUCCCCGAGAGCUAUGCGUUUGCAUGCGAGUCUGCCGGACUUGGAGCCGCUGGUGCUAUGAUAAGCGCUUGUGGCCGAGAAUGGACCUGAGCCGUAGGAAGUCACUAACCCCGCCCAUGCUCAGUGGUGUGGUUCGUCGCCAGCCCCGGGCCUUGGACCUCAGCUGGACAGGUGUCUCCAAGAAGCAGCUCAUGUGGCUUCUCAACCGACUGCAAGGCCUGCAGGAGCUGGUGCUGUCUGGCUGCUCCUGGCUCUCUGUCUCUGCCCUGGGCUCAGCCCCACUGCCAGCCCUGCGGCUCCUUGACCUCCGGUGGAUUGAGGAUGUUAAAGACUCUCAGCUCCGCGAGCUGCUGCUGCCUCCGCCUGACACCAAACCAGGAUGCCAGGAAGAAGAGGAGAGACUGGAGGCAAACGGAGAGCCGUGGGCGGCUGCAGGGGGUGGCAGAGCUGCGCCUGGCAGGCCUCGAGCUGACAGAUGCCUCCCUGCGGCUCCUGCUGCGCCACGCCCCCCAGCUGAGCGCCCUGGACCUGAGCCACUGCGCCCAUGUUGGGGAUCCCAGUGUCCACCUCCUCACGGCCCCCACCUCCCCACUCCGGGAAACCCUCGUACACCUCAAUCUUGCUGGUUGCCACCGUCUCACAGACCACUGCCUCCCGCUGUUCCGCCGCUGCCCACGCCUACGCCGCCUAGAUCUGCGCUCCUGCCGCCAGCUCUCACCUGAAGCUUGUGCCCGGCUUGCAGCCGCUGGACCCCCUGGCCCUUUCCACUGCCCAGAGGAGAAGCUACUUCUCAAGGACAGCUAGUUGGGUGCCCCCUGCCCUCCCCCAGGACUCACCUGGAGCCUGGACCUCGGGCCUCCAUUUCACCCGUGCCAGGAGGCCAAGUUACCUUAUUAUGACUUGGGAUUCCUCCCAGGCAUUUGAGCCAGCCUCCCCCUUCCUUACCCCCUGCACUGAUAUCUCUGGGGGUCUUUUCUUCGCAUCCCCUCCCCCUUCCACUUGCUUCAUUGUCCAUCCCCUGGGGGGAAUGGGUCAAAGGUACUGGGGGGUACUGAGCCAAAGGGAUGGUAGGGGGGGUUAAGGUGCAAGUUUGAGGUGGGGAGAAUGGGGAAAGGGUAUCUGCACACAGGAUACCGAGAGCCAGGGGACUGGGGGAGGUGGAGGAUGGGCUGGGGGAGGGGUGCAGAAAGCAGACCACCAAGGGUUCAGGGAACAAAGAUCAGAUACUUGGAGUUAGGGGGGUGGGAGAUGGGGCCAAAAAGGGAAAUCAGAGGAGCAGUUGGGUAUCCAGGUAGAGGGACUUGGGGAACCUCGGGCAAGCCAGGGCUGAGUGAGGGGAAGGGGGUGAGAGCAGGUAUGAGAGCAUUAGUACCCUCUCAAGGGGUCACCCCUCACCUUACUCCCCAGAUUUCAGUUCCUACCCCCCAGCAUCCUCAGCCCUGACUUCUUGAACGUCACUGACAAUGGCAGCUAUUGUGAGGAGUGGGGAUUAGGGCCUACUCUGUUUAGCUUGGACCAGGGGAGUGUUGAGGGGUACCCCAGCCCUCUACUUGCCUCCCCACACAAUACUUGAACAUUCAUCUGUACUGAAGUGUUACUUGAACCGGGGGAACCUCAGACCUGGGGGAGCCGGAGUGUGAGGCACCUGAUCAGCUUGGACUGAAACUGAACCAGUGGACACUCAAGUGUGGACUUUGCCACCCCGAGGCAUUCUCUUGUUCUACUGUAUUGAGCGGCUCCACCACUCCUGACGGGGGUGGGGGUGGGGUGCCCGUCCAAUGUUGGGGAAGAUGGGAGCCCUACAGCUUUGCUCUUCCCACUCUUUAAUCGUCAUGGAAACUUGUACCCCGUUUGCCCAGGGAACAGCCACUCCUUAUUGCCAUAGAAAUAGCCAAUGGACACCUUCCAAAACCAGUGCUAAGGCUGGAAAUGGCCUCGGUUGCCACGGGAACUUUGUAACAGGUUCUUGGCCCCGCCCCCCUAGGGCAGGGGUGGGGUUUGGGGAGCCAGGGGGCUGAGUCGGGCCCAGGCCCCGCCCAUCAGCCUGGGCUUUGGUGGGUAGCUGGGUUGUACCAUGUAGGGAAGGGGGGAAUCUAGCCACAUACCUCAGGUAACGGAGGUGCGCGGGUCGGGGGAGGGACUGGGCGGACCAAAGGCCGGCGAGGAGGGGGUUCUGGGGAUCGUGAAAGGCUUAAGGAUGGGCAACUGGUAGGAGGUAGAAAGGCAACUCGGCGAUGGGGAAAAGUGUGGGACCCAGCCGGGCUGGGCCCCAGGUCUGUACAAUACGGUUUGCUAUAAAACACAAAAUCUUCCAGCCAGAA